AUGGAGAUACGCCGGCCGCCCAACUCUGACUUGCCUCUUGUCACGGGACCGUCAUGUAUCGCCGAGCUCGAGGUGCUCUUCCCGUACCCACGGGUAUAUCCAGAGCAAUAUGCCUACAUGUGCGAUCUCAAGCGGACCCUGGACGCGGGCGGCCACUGUGUUCUUGAGAUGCCUUCGGGCACGGGUAAAACCGUGUCUCUCUUGUCGCUGAUUGUGGCUUAUCAGCUCUCUUCCGCUGAAAAGAGGAAGCUCAUUUAUUGCUCUCGUACCAUGUCCGAGAUUGAGAAGGCCCUUGCCGAGCUGAGAGGCCUUAUGAAGUACCGUACCCAAGAGCUGGGAUAUGAGGAAGAGUUCAGAGGCCUUGGACUGACCAGUCGAAAGAACUUGUGUUUACAUCCGACAGUCAAGCGUGAGAAGAGUGGCACCAUUGUCGAUGCAAAAUGCCGUAGCUUGACCGCGGGUUUUGUCAAGGAGAAGAAAGAGCGUGGUGAAGAUGUCGAAAUUUGCGUUUACCACGAUAACCUCGAUUUAUUAGAACCACACAACUUAAUACCGCCGGGUGUGUGGACAUUCGACGGCAUGCUCAAGUAUGGAGAGCAGCACAAGCAAUGCCCUUACUUCACAGCUCGUCGGAUGAUGCCCUAUUGUGAUGUUAUCAUCUACUCCUACCACUAUCUGCUUGAUCCCAAGAUUGCAGAUCGCGUGUCCAAGGAACUAUCCAAAGACUGCAUUGUAGUAUUUGACGAAGCCCACAAUAUCGACAACGUGUGCAUUGAAUCGCUGAGCAUAGACCUCACGGAGGAUGCCUUGCGUAAAGCGACCCGCGGGGCUAACAACCUGGAGCGCAAAAUCACAGAGAUGAAGAGUACAGACGCAGAAAAGCUGCAGAAUGAGUAUGCCAAGCUAGUAGAGGGAUUGCGGGCGGCAGAUGAAGCAAGAGACGAAAAUGCCUUCAUGUCAAAUCCAGCCCUGCCAGAUGAUCUUCUUACAGAAGCCGUGCCGGGAAACAUAAGACGAGCAGAGCACUUUGUUGCCUUCUUGAAGCGCUUCGUCGAAUAUUUGAAAACACGAAUGAAAGUCCUUCACGUCAUCUCCGAAACCCCGCCGUCUUUCCUCUCCCAUCUCAAAGAACUCACCUUCAUCGAGCGUAAGCCACUGCGCUUCUGUGCCGAACGACUGACAUCCCUGGUCCGCACCUUGGAACUCACAAACAUCGAAGACUACCAACCUCUCCAAGAAGUGGCUACUUUCGCCACACUCAUAGCGACGUACGAGACGGGCUUCCUCCUCAUUCUCGAACCCUUCGAGUCCGCGACCGCCACGGUCCCUAACCCCAUCCUGCACUUCACAUGCCUCGAUGCCGCCAUCGCUAUCAAACCGGUCUUCGAGCGCUUCAGCUCCGUCAUCGUCACCUCAGGGACCCUCUCACCCCUCGACAUGUAUCCGCGCAUGCUCAACUUCAACACGGUCGUCCAAGAAUCCUUCACCAUGACGCUAACCCGCAAAUCCUUCCUCCCCAUGAUCGUGGACCGCGGCAGCGACCAAAACCAAAUCACAUCGCAAUUCGAGCACCGCAACGACGGCCCCGUCAUCCGCAACUUCGGCAACCUCCUCAUCGAAUUCUGCAAACUGACCCCAGACGGCGUCGUCGUCUUCUUCCCAUCGUAUCUCUACAUGGAAUCCAUCAUCUCGCAGUGGCAAGGCAUGGGCGUGCUCGACACAGUCUGGAAAUACAAACUCAUCCUCGUCGAAACGCCCGACGCGCAAGAAACGUCGCUGGCCCUCGAAACCUUCCGCACGGCAUGCAACAACGGGCGCGGGGCGGUCCUGCUGUGCGUGGCCCGCGGCAAAGUCAGCGAAGGCAUCGAUUUCGACCACCACUACGGCCGCACCGUCAUCAACAUGGGCGUCCCCUACCAAUACACCGAGUCCCGCAUCCUCAAGGCGCGCCUCGAGUUCCUCCGCGAAACCUACCGCAUCAAGGAAGCUGACUUCCUCUCCUUCGACGCCAUGCGCCACGCCGCGCAGUGCCUCGGCCGCGUCAUCCGCGGCAAGGACGACUACGGUAUCAUGGUCCUGGCCGAUAAACGCUUCGGCAAGAAAAUCACACAGCUCCCCAAAUGGAUCCAGAUGGCGCUCGAGACGAAAAACACAAAACUCAGCGUCGAUCAGGCCGUGUCGCAUGCCAAGGCGUUUUUGCGCGAGAUGAGCGUGCCCUGGUCUAGGGGCGAGCAGGAGGGGCAUUCGAGUUGGAGCAUGGCGGAUCUGGAGCGGCAUUUGGAGAAGAAGAGGGUGGAAGCUAUUAGUGGGACGGAGCAUCCUGGGAUGAGGGCGGCCGAGGGGAGAGCGGAGCGCCCGAGGGUCGUGGAGGUUGCGAAGGGGGAGGACGAUGAGUUUGGUGGGGCUGGGAUGGAUGAGGUUAUGGCUGGGUUGGACGCGUAGAGGUGUGGUUGUGCCUUCUAUGCUUUUGAUCUUUGUUUCUUUUCUUGCCUUUCUCUU